AUGGCCCUCCCCACUGUGACAAUUGUUUCGGGGGGGAGGGUGCCAGUGGAGCCUGCUGGUUCUCAUGUUUCAAGGGAGCAACCCUUGUUGCAGCAUGGAUGGCCUCACCAUCCUCCCAUGGAGGAUGUGAUGAUGAUUGACCAUGCUGUUGGCUUCCCAGACAUCCCUAGUGAUGUCCAAAUGACCCUGGAUGAGGGUGCACCCUCUGUUCCUGCACAGGGAACAAUGUUCCCUGAGUUUGAUGGGACAGAAUGGCCCCAUCAUGUGCAUAGUCUGGGCAAAGGCUCAGACAGUAAGAAUAAAAUCCUCUUCAUGAGGAUCAACAACAAUCUCUACACCUAUGAGGGUGAAAAGAUUGACAGUGUGAAGUGCAACCUCAGGUUGUGCAUUGUCCCACCAGUCCUGGUGGGCAAGAGACUGUAUGGCUGGGCUGUACAAUUUGAAGGAGGCAUCCUGGGGCCCAUUGCCCUCUUCAACACUGUGCAGGACCUUAUAGCUUACCUCAACUUGUGGAAAAGAUGCAAGUUGGGGUCAAACAAGAUCAUCAACCUUGCACUGAGUGAAUGGAAGCCCCCUGCAUGGUCUUCCAAGAAAUCUUGCAAGAGGAGAGAGGCUCUCAAAGAAAGGGGGAAGGCAGUCCAACCCCAAGGGGAGGAGGAACAAGCAUCCACUGUGGGGAUACCCCCACCUACAUCUGGCCCCUCUGAAGGUGCUCCAGUGCUGCAGGAGUGGAUAGCAGACACUCCUUCAGGCUUGACUCCAGUGCCUGAUGUAGGAUCAACUCCUACCCCCACUCUCAUUGACCACAUGAGACUCAACAGGCCAAGCUCCCAAGCUCAGUCCUCCAUGAGGACACAACCUCCUUGCAAGGAAAAAGGGGCAAAGCCCUCUUGUGGGAAGUCUAGGGGUAUCCCUGAGCUACCGUCAAAUGCCCCUCCCCUCAACAGCUCCAUCAAAGCUUGGAGGGAGUUCAUUGACAAAGAACAGAGGCACCCUCACUGGGGCAAAGACAGGGUACUGGGGACAUCUAGAAGGCCAGAUGACUCUGAUGCAGGGGCCAAUCCUCUGUCUCUGUGCAACAUCUGA